AUGUUCAGCAUUCAGAGACUCGUCUCUGCCCUCCUCCUCGCCGGAGUGGCUCUGGCCUUCUUCGCGCAGACCGCUGAGGCUGCCAAGGGCCCCAAGAUCACCCACAAGGUCUACUUCGACAUCACCCACGGCGAUGAGCCCCUCGGCCGCAUCACCAUGGGUCUGUACGGAAAGACUGUCCCCAAGACCGCUGAGAACUUCCGCGCUCUCGCCACCGGCGAGAAGGGCUUCGGCUACGAGGGCUCCACCUUCCACCGCGUUAUCAAGCAGUUCAUGAUCCAGGGUGGUGACUUCACCAAGGGCGAUGGCACUGGUGGCAAGUCCAUCUACGGCGAGAAGUUCCCCGAUGAGAACUUCAAGCUUAAGCACUCCAAGAAGGGUCUCCUGUCCAUGGCCAACGCCGGCAAGGACACCAACGGCUCCCAGUUCUUCAUCACCACCGUCAUCACCUCUUGGCUCGAUGGCCGUCACGUCGUCUUCGGCGAGGUCCUCGAGGGCUUCGACGUCGUCGAGAAGAUCGAGCAGGCCCAGACCCAGCCCGGCGACCGCCCCGCCAAGACGAUCAAGAUCGCAAAGAGCGGAGAGCUGGAGGUGCCCCCUGAAGGCGAAUACGGCACUAGCGAGUGGGCGUCAGGCUACUCCAACGAGGAUACGCCGCUGGAGGUGGGCUCCGGCGAGGGCUGGUCCCUAAUCCAGAAGGGUCUCUUCGGUGGUGUUGUUGUUGCUGCGAUCGUCGCCUACAUCAAGUUCAGCAAGUCCAGGGCCGCAAGAGAUGUCGGCUACGAGAAGACUAUGGCUCUCAACUUUUUGACCUGCGCGGUCAAGGCCUGCAAGUCCUCCGCGGCCUCGUUCCCCCUCCACCCCAAGGACGCAGAGCUGGCGCAGGACGACAUCGAGGUCAACCCCCAACUUCUCUUCAACGUCCUGCCCCGCUUAGACUGGGCCGCUCUGCGAACGAACGCAACUGAGCUGGGCUUCCCCGAACUCCCCACGGAGGCCCCCUCGGCAGAGCAACUCGAGGGCGACGAGAAGAUGCUCAAGGAACUGCACCACCUCCUCAUGGAGACGCAGAUCAUGGAGGGCAAGCUCGUCUGCGGCAACUGCGGACACGAGUACGCCAUUCGCGAGGGCAUCGCUAACUUUUUGCUGCCGAGUCACUUGGUCUAA